UCAAAGCCACCCCUGCUUUUGGAACCUCGCCCACCAAUCAAGCUCGCCGUUUUCCAACCAGGCGUAAUACUCUAGGAAAUACGGGAUGCGGGCUUUAAACGCUUAGCUUGUAUCACAAACGGAGCAGCACAAAUCCGAGUCAACGGUCACCUCCGUCAGGAAAUCGCGUUCUCCGCUUCCCAUCCGCGCGUUCCCCGAUAAAGGCGACGCUAGCGAAUCUCCCGCUCUAGACGCUUAGCGCAUCUCUCUCUUGAAGCACCACCGCAUCGGGCGCUUCGCUUACUACGCUCGCUGAUGUUCGCGUAGGUUCGCCAGGCACCCACGCUAGGACAGUACUGCGUCGUCUCGGCCUGUACUGUGAAAAGAUGAAUUUCAUAUCCGAAUCGCAGUUGGAGGAGAACAAGCGGGUGCGAGGGGAGAGAGUGGAGGAUGGCACUGUAACGGUGGACAGGCCCCUGUACGAGAUUCUUAGGGAGCAGAAGGAGAAGAAGGAAGCUGAGCACAAGGAGAAGUUUAAAAACCGCCCCCCACGAGCACUAGACGAGGACGAGCUUGAAUUUCUUGAGGCUGUCGCUCAGAAGCAAAGAGAGGAUGAGAAGGAGAAGGACGACGAGGACAAGCGAGCACUCACUGAGUUCCAGGCCGCACUCUUGAGCCGAACAGUCACCGUCGAUUCCCAUUCUGCUCCCGAGACGGCACCGCCCUCGCAAGCAUCUGCCCCCUCUGGCUCUUCUGGCUCGUCCCUGGUGGCUACUAUUCGGAAAAGAAAGGAGCCGGAUCUUCCUCUCAUUCCUCGCAUGGGAGUCAAGGUCCAGCUCAAGGCGAAGCCAAAGGCUAAGGCAGGUGCUCCAGCUCCCCAGUCCAAGUCUAAUGUUAGUAACUCUCCAAAAGCUCUUAGUAGAGGUUUGGAUGGAACUAAUAGUACUGUAGAAGAUGCUUCUAUUACUUGUGGUCAAGGGAAGGGGAGUGGUGAAGAGGACGAGGCAACAAGACAGAAGCAGAAAGUUAUGAGAACCAGGGAUGUGGAAAGUGAGAAAGAUGGAGGAUCUUUGGUUGGUAGUUUGGGGCUUGGAGCAUAUGGUAGUGAUGAUGAUGAUGACGAAGACAAUGAAUAAGCGGCUAGUCCAUUGUGUUUCUUUUGUGGCUUUUUUUUUGCAUAAUCAUCGUUCAAUUACAAGUGGG